AUGAUCUUCUCCAAGGCGACCACUCUUCUCACCCUCCUCGCUACCUCCACUGCCGUCUUGGCCUCUCCCUUCGACAAGCGUUAUCCUCUAACAUGCAAUGGUGUCAACCGCCACGUCCCUGUCAGCGAAGCCCAGGCUUGCGUUGACUUCCUCCGCAACAAGAGCACAACAGCCUGCACGGUCUCAGGCGAGAACGUCGUCUUCUGCACCUCCGGUUCGACCAAGAUCUAUGGAAGUAACCCCAACAGAAAGCCUAACCCGACCUCGCACUGCUCGGAUGUUGCAGCAGGUGCUCAGGCCAUCAUUGAUAGUUGCAGGCAGGGAAGUACUGUUGGAGGCUCCAACGCUGCCAGGGGAAACGGUGACAUCGUUAUCACCAUCGCGCGCUAA